ACCUCCGAGAGCUGCUUUGCAGGGCCUACGAGAGACGGGUGUGUGUGUGUGUGGAGGAAGAGAAGGAGGAAAAAAAAAACCCCACCAACCGAGCGCAGCGUGGCGCACCCGCUUUCCCGUCUUCUAAAGCGCCUGCGCCUUCAGCCCCUUCGCUCCUUCCGAGCUCGGGAGACUCCGGCGGGUUGCGGUGACAUUGUCGGAAGGAGGGGGAAAGGGAGGAGACUUGGGAGGGUGGAGGCGGCGCCGAGGGGAAGAGCGCGCGCCUUGCUUUUGCGCCCCUGGCUCGAGCGAGCGGCAGCUGCAGCUGCGGGGCAGGUAACUUAUCCUCGCGGCGCGUGCGGCGGCGGCAGGGGCUCUGGCACUCGGGGAAAGGCAUCGGAUCGGGAGCCGGUCGCUCGGCGGGGUCCCGGCCAUUUCCCGUCCUCUGCUUCUCUGGCCACUUUUUCUGCCCCUUUGCUUGGCCGGAGUCUGCUGGAAGGAAGCUGCGGACUAUAAAUAGCUCCGGCUACGGACGCUGUGUGUGCAACGGACUGGGAAGAAGGCACGGCUGUAACCGUGACGUCUCGGCUGGAAGGGAGGAACCACCAGAGCCAGAAGAGAAAUGGUGUCAUCUGAAAGGAAAUCUGAUCUUUCUAAUGAAAAGUAAGACAAAGAAUUUCAGCCUGGAGACCCAGAUCUUUAUCUUAAAGCUGCACCAAGGAUUGCCUGCCUAUGAAUCUUGGGCUGUAGCACCCUGGCAAAUUCUGAAGAACUGUGAAUUCAAAUUUGUAAGGUUGAGAGAUUGAUCAUGGAUAUCAAGGAAGAGAGAGCACCAGAGGAAGAACAACAGUUUAUUCCAUCUGCACAAGCAGAUAAUUAUGCAGAGUCUAAACUCACAAGUCUCAAGAAGUUUGUUAAUGAACCAAAGUUUGAAUUCAGUCUUGCAUGUAAAGAUUUAGUGGCUCCUACACGGGAUCGAAAACUGAAUACAUUUGUGCAGAUCACGGUAGUGCAUCCAGGGGAACAGAACCAAACAAGAUACGCAAGCACGGAAAUUGUGGAGGGAACAAAAGACCCACUGUUUUUGACUGGUGUGACGUUCCCUCCAGAUUACCCUAUCUACGAGGAGACUAAAAUAAAACUAACGGUCUAUGAUGUCAAGGAUAAAUCUCAAGACACAGUUCGGACGAGCAUCCUGGCAGAAAAUAAAGAUCCAAGGACAGACAGUGGGCGAAGUUUCCUGGGUUCUGCUACUUUUAAAGUAGGUGAGUUGGUGAAGUCGGAAGAGCAGCAGUUGACUCUUAGCCUCAGGAGUUUAGAUGGUGGGAAGACAUUUGGCACUAUAGAUGUCAGAUUUAUAAACAUGAGGAAGACUGAAGAUGGGGAAUCAAAUCAGAUCACAACAGAUGGAAAAGAACAAAAGUGUGCCUUGGUUUAUUCAUGUUCAUCUCCAGAAAACAUAAUUAAGAAAGAUAAUUUACCAUUAUUAAAUGCAGUGUUAAAAAACCCAAUCUGUAAAUUAUAUACGUUCCCCACUUCUGACAACAAAUGGAUGUAUAUACGAGAACAGAUGUUUGAGAGCAAUCUUUCUUUUCAUAUUCCCAAGGAACUCAUCACCCUACAUAUAAAGGAAGAUCUCAGAAGGAAUCAGGACCUUAAAGAACUUGGGGAGCUUUCUCCACAUUGGGACAAUAUGCGUAAAAAUGUUAUUGCACACUGUGAUCAAAUGUUGAUCCUGUACCAAAAUAUGCUUGCAGAACUUGGAAAAUAUACAGGCUCUUCUUUCAAAUCAAGUUGUAGUAAAGGAGAAAAAACACUAGAAUUUGUUCCAAUAAAUCUACAUCUGCAGAGGAUGCUUGUGCAGGGUCCUUGUAUAAAAGAUGUUCUUUAUGAUGUCAUCACUGUGGGAGCUCCUGCAGCACAUUUUCAGGGAUUUAAAAAUGGUGGUCUUCAGAAAUUAUUGAAUAAAUUUGAGGCAGAAAGACGAAAUACUGGGUACCAGUGUAUUUAUUAUUCACCUGAAAACACUGCCAAGGCAAGAGAAGUUCUCAGUAACAUCAAUCAAUUACAGCCUCUCAUAUCAAGUCAUGCAGACAUGUUACUUAAUUCUGCCAGACAACAGUUGCCAGAAAGCUUGAAGAAUUCCUUAAAGAUGCUUUCAGAAACUACAGAGUUAUUUGUGCAUGCCUUUAAGGAUCAGCUUAUCAGAAGUGCCCUUUUAGCUUUAUACACAGCCCGACCUGGUUGUGUCUUAAAAAAACCAACUUUGCCAAGGAAUAACACAGAAGAGAAUAGCGAACAGCAAAAUCAGGAUCAUCCAUCACAAAUCAAGAGACAAGAUUCCAUACCUCACCACUCAGAAUAUGAUGAGGAAGAGUGGGAUAGGGUGUGGGCCAAUGUAGGGAAGAGUUUAACCUGCAUUAUUGCAAUGGUGGACAGAUUGAUUGAAAAGAACACUCCCAGCAUCAGUAAGGAAAAUGAAAAAGAACCUUCAUCAGCAUCUCAUAUAAGUGGUGACUGGUAUGAACAACUGUACCCUCUCACAGUUACACUGAACGACUGUAUUGGAGAAGUGGUAACUAGGGCAAAGGAGUCAAUGUCUUUUGUUCUGCUUCAGGAGCUUGCAUGUUGUUUGCCACAGUGUUUAAUGUUGACAUUAAGAAGAGAUAUAGUCUUCAGUCAAGCACUUGCUGGAUUGAUCUGUGGAUUUAUCAUCAAGUUACACUCCAGUUUACGCGAUCAAGGCUUCCUCCAGCAACUUCAUACAGUGGGGCUAAUUGUUCAGUAUGAAGGACUUCUCAGUACAUAUAGUGACGAAAUUGGGAUGCUAGAAGAUAUGGCUGUGGGAAUAUCAGACUUGCAAAAAGUCAUGUUUAAAAUAACUGAAACUAAAUCAGAUGAUCUGCUGCCUGUUAUAACUGGAAGACGGGAACAUUAUAUAAUAGAAAUAAAGCUUCCAGAAAAGAUGUUUGAGUUGCUUCCUCAAGAGAUUAAAGAUGGGAAACUGCUUUAUGUCUAUCCAGUCCUCUUUAAUGUUGGAAUCAAUGAACAACAAACACUUGCAGAAAGGUUUGGAGAUACAUCCUUGCAAGAAAGCCUUAACCAGGAAAAUUUGGAAUUGUUAAAAGAAUAUUAUAAGUUAUUAAUGGAAAAAAUGCCUCCUGAUUGCCUACCACAUUUUCAGGAACAGAAUGAUUUAAAAGGAUUACUAGAAAAUCUUCAUCAAAAUAUUCAGACUAAAAAAAGAAAGAAUGUAGAAAUCAUGUGGUUGGCUGCAACGAUUUGCCGCAAGUUAAAUGGUGUACGGUUCACCUGCUGUAAAAGUGCCAAAGAUAGGACAUCAAUGUCAGUGACACUGGAACAAUGUUCAAUUUUAAGAGAUGAGCAUCAAUUGCACAAAGAUUUCUUUAUUCGAGCACUGGACUGUAUGAGGAGCAGACAAACCCAGGGAGCACUGAAUGAAUCGGAUGAUCCCGAGACAGGCUGUCUAACUGAUAACAAGCCAACUUCUCGUCACUUCUAUCCUGUCGCCUUGCUGCUUGUCAGCUCACACUUGCUGGUUGUGUGGCUUAUUUUAAGUCUUGCUUUACUAUUAGCAAAAUAUCAGUAAAGUUCACUUCUGUUUGUUGCUUUUUUAAAGGAACAACAACACUUUAAAAUUACACACUGUACUAUAGUGUACAUUCUUGGACCCUCAGACUAGUUCUUAAGAAGCCAUUGUCUUGAACUGCAUACAUUCUCCUUUUUGUCCCAGGAAUCAAGAAAGCAUACUGUGCUCAACUGAUUUAAUCUAGCAUCUAGCUCUAGCAAAUCUUUUCACGUUUCAUUAGUUCUAAGACAGCCACUGUACAUUAGGGUUUCUUGAUCAGAUUUGACCUAGUCAUGAAAUACGAUUCACCCCCUUCUAAUCAAAUUCCAAUUUAGGGGACUGUCAGCACUUUAUUUUAAUUCAGGACAGAUUUGCAGGAAUAGUUAUUUUUCCCAGCAUAAUAUUUGUACUCAGGUGUGAAAAUUGCCAAAUUCUACUUUACUAGAUAGAAUCAUUCCCUUUAACAGUGCUAUCUUUGCAGUUUUCAUGCUAGGAGCCACGUAAAAUGAUUGAUUCCUUCUAUGAAAAUGUAAUGAUAAAACUUCCAGCAUGAUUAUAUAUUUUUUUCUGUGGUGAUUGGUCAAAACAUGUAAGAAGAUAGAGGAAAGUAUUUUACACAUUGACAUUUAAAUCUAAGUUAAAUGUUCUGGGUAAGGUCAAAAGAUUAAUUUUCAGUGUGCUAUUUUCAUUAUUUCUUGCCAGUAGAGUCCGUCUGUUUUAAAUUUUAGUAUUCCUUUUAAUUAUUUGUUGCAUAACUAACUCUUUUUUGUCAAGCCAUCUAUGGUAUACAAUAACUUACAUUGUGUAACAUAAUUAACCUGUUUGUAAUUGUUGCUUUUGCUGCCUUUUCUUUACAAAAUCCGUCUAUAUUAUUUUAAACAAAGUUUUCUUUACAUUUUGUUGGCUCUUGUGAAUUUUGUACUACAGUAUGUAUGAAUCAGCAUUCUUUCUUUGUACAACAGAAAGUUGAUUUGGGCGCCAAGAAAGCCAUGUUUUUUUUCUUUCAUCAUAAACUUAAAAAUGAGACAAAGGUGGACCUUUUGUUUGCAAAUUUAUAGGGCCAGAUUUCAUAAAAAAUGCCUUAUUCAUGGAACCUGCACACUUAAAGUUACAUGUAAACUUUGACAUGUACAAAUGAGCGAAAGAAAACCAAUCUGAAAAAAGUAAGAUAAUUUUUAAAAUAAAUAUAUUUCUAAUGCUAGAGUAAAAUAUGUCAUAAAAUAUAAUAUCUAAUCAAGCCACAGUGAGAAGAAAACUAUAUAUAAAUCCCAUAACCUACUUUUGAGGGCAAUAACUGUAUUGGCCUGGCCUUGGAUCUAAUUCUGUAAGAUGUAUCAUCACUUGUGGAAAAUAUAUUGUAGAUUUAUCUUUGUUAUUUUUACUUCAAUUGUUGCUAAAACUCUGCAAUGUACAAAAUAAAACAUAUUUAUUUAUGACUUGUUUCACGAAGUUGUCUUUUUCCCCCCCUCUG